GCUUUUCUCAGAUAACCAAAAACUUAACCGCUAAGUUUCAUCUCUAUAAAAAAACCUCCAAAAAAACCAGACCCCAAACACUUCCACACAAAUCCAUGCCGCCACAAACUCACCAAGGAAGAACAGCCACAACAGGAACAAGACCCCACCAAGUAAAACAGAGCAAGAAGAAAACCAUGCGUAACGAUGAAGACGAUGAUCAAGGGGGAGGAGGGAUCACAUGCGGCGCUGUGACGGUGGAGCUGGAUCUGCAGGAUUUGCCGGAGGGAUGCAUAGCCAACGUCAUCUCUCUGACGACUCCUCCCGAUGCGUGCCGGCUGUCGUCGGUUUCCAGGAGUUUCCGGUCGGCCGCCGAGUCCGACGCCGUUUGGAGCAAGUUCCUGCCGCCGGACAUUCCCACUAACCUGUCUCACUCGGGGCCUGAUGCCCCCAAUUGCCGAUCCAAAUCCAAGGAGUUGUACCUCGCUCUCUGCCACGAUCCGGUGCUCAUCGACGAGGGCAAAAUGAGCUUUUCACUAGACAAAUGGAGUGGGAAGAAGUGUUACAUGGUAGCUGCAAGAGCCCUUGAGAUUGUCUGGGCUGAUACUCCUAACUAUUGGAAAUGGAUUUCGAUGCCCGAUUCGAGGUUUGAAGAGGUUGCUGAGCUUGUUGGUGUUUGCUGGCUUGAUAUCCGUGGCAAAAUUGACAUACGCUUGCUGUCCCCCUCAACUAUGUACAAAGCUUACGUUGUGUUCAAGUCAACUGCAGCGGCUUAUGGGUUUGAGUAUCAACCUGCGGAGGUUAGCGUAGGUCUGGUUGGAGGAGCAGAACCCACAAAGCAGACUGUGUUUCUUGAUGCUGACAGAGGUCGGACUCAGAGCUACCAGAUUGUACCAAGGCGUGUUGGUAUUUCCAACAGAAGCCGCAUUUUGCCACGAGUGUCCCAGCCUAGGGAGAUCAAUGAUAAUCAAUACCCGAAGGACAGAGCAGACGGGUGGUUGGAGAUUGAGCUGGGUGAGUUCUUCUGUGAAGGAGGAGAAGAUGGGGAGUUGGAAAUGACUUGUUUGGAAACCAAGGGUGGUCAGUGGAAGGGUGGUCUUAUUGUUCAAGGCAUUGAGGUCAGGCCACAGAGGAAGUCCUAGCUAUAGUAGGAUUCAUCUGCUCGGAGGGUUUGAUUCUUUUUUUUUUUUUGGUGUUGAUAAUUCUGUAAGUUGAGAAAAGGAAAGAAAGGACUCCCUUUACAUUGUAAUUUGCUGCAAUUGAGAUUCAAUGAAUGAUGUGCA